UGUCCAUGUUGGACUCGGAGACUUUGCAAAUUGAGGAAUUGAUCGAGAGUCUUUUAGAAAAACCUUUUAACAAUGACACCACCUCCAUCGCAGCCAAUGGCAUCCUCAUCAGCCGCAUCUAUAUUUUCCAGUGCAUUGCUGAAACUCGUCAAACCAGAGAAGGACUGUUUCGAUGGCCUGACACUUCAGGAGGGAGGAACUCAACACUACAAUGCCCUAAAAACCCUUUUCACUCAGCCAAACGCCACUGUAAGAUUUGUUUGCACACUUAUUGGCUGGCUGCAGACUUGAGCAGUUGCCCUCUGGUGGUGGAAGUGAUCCCUGAUUUGGACCACAUCAAAGUUACUACAGAAACUGCUGAGGAUAUAUUGGACAUGAUUCAGGAUUUGCUUAAGAACAAGUCCAGUCUGAACUUUGACGAUUUGGCCACAAUCCUGAAAAAAGUGGAGGACAUAAUAAACGUGAGUGUGGUCACUCCUCCUCUGGGACAGGCUCUGCUCGACGUGAUCUCUGAUGUGCUGGAGACUAAAAGCAACCUACAGCCCUUCAUCAACACUAUCCUGAACAUCACAGAGACUCUGGGUGACAGAAUAACUGGAUAUAAUGACUCCACCAUCUUGACGUCUCCUUAUGUGGGGAUGUCUGUGGUGGAUGUGGACCAGGGAGACUUCAAGACUCUGAGCUUUGGGGUUUUAUCAGACCGAGUGGGGCUGAAGCCUGAGAUUUUCAUAAACAAACAGCCUCUAAACGGGACAGUGGCUUUCAUCUCGCUGCCCUCAGUCCUGCAGCAGAACUUCCCUGAAAGCCUUGAAAAUCACACAUCACCAAGAAUUCAGUUUCAAUUCUUCGGCGUCCCGUGGCUUUUCACGACCGAGACUGCAAAUGACCUGAUCCUGAACACGUUUGUAGUGUCAGCGAGUGUGACCAACGCCAGCUCCCCGAUCACACACCUGAAGGAGGACGUCCAAAUUACACUGCACCACCUCACACCCAACCAUAAUAACAAGAAUGUCCAUUGUGUAUACUGGAACUUUAACCUAAAUGAUGGAAAGGGAGGCUGGGAUCCUACUGGCUGCCGUGAAUUCAAAAGCUUUCCUAACUACACCACGUGUUUAUGCAACCACCUCACUCACUUUGGAGUACUCCUGGACGUGUCUCGGACCCCCGUGGACCCAAAGGAUGAAUACAAACUGACCAUCAUCUCCUACGUUGGCUGUGGAGUCUCCUCUCUGUUUCUGGGAAUCACUGUCCUCACCUACACUGCCUUUGAGAAGCUCCGUCGGGAUUACCCCUCUCAGAUCCUCAUAAACCUCUCUCUGGCUCUUCUGGGCUUGAACCUGGUCUUUCUGGUCAACUCCUGGUUCUCAUCGUUGGACGUCUACGGUCUGUGUAUCUUUGUGGCGUCCGCUCUGCACUACUUCCUGUUGGCCUCCUUCACCUGGAUGGGAUUAGAGGCUGUUAAUAUGUACUUCGCAUUAGUCAAAGUUUUCAACGUCUAUGUGCCGUCCUACAUACUCAAGUUCUGUGCUCUUGGGUGGGGGAUCCCACUGGUGGUCUGUGUGGUGCUGCUGAUCGUGGACAGAGAGGCCUAUGGAAGUCACUUAUACACAGAAACUAAGAUGAGCAUGCAGCCACUGGACAACAAUGACAACUUUUGCUGGAUUCAAGACAACGUCACUUUUUACGUGUCGGUGGUCGGAUAUGCUGCACUAGUUUUCCUUUUCAACAUUGCAGUGUUCAUCGUGGUCCUGAUCCAGAUCCGGAGAAUGCGUUACAACAGUCCAGCUGGGAUCCACAGUGGUCUGAUGAAGGACCUGAAGGGCGUGGCCAGUCUGACCCUGCUCCUGGGACUCACCUGGACCAUCGGCUUCUUCACUUGGGGUCCUGCUCGUGUCGCAAUGCUCUUCCUGUUCUCCACACUCAACUCCCUGCAAGGGCUUUUUAUCUUCGUCUUUCACUGUCUGAUGAAGGAAAAUGUCAGGAAACAGUGGAGGAUACAUCUUUGCUUUGGGCGUUUCAGGCUGGAGGAAAAUUCUGAGUGGAGCGCCACUGCCUCUUAUGGUCACAUGGCCAAACCGAAGCUCCCGGUGUCUCAGGCACGUGCCCCGUCAGUCCGCUCCAUCAAGUCUAGCUCCACCGAGAGCACCUCCGCCUCCUCGGACUCCAGCCAACGCGAGUCUGUCAGCAGCAGCAAGAGACCGAACCUGGGCCUGUUGGUGAAUGGCCUGGUCAUUCCUCGAGCGCAGUGCACCAGCAUCAGUCCAGCUCCGAGGUCCCAUGGCUCCCUGAAGCCCACGCCUGGAUGGACUAAUCACUUACUCACACAAGGAAACACUUAAAUAUGCACACUCCAUCCUGACGAAUGUGCAGUACAUGGGAAAACAAUCUCUAGUCUAAUGCAAUAAAACAAACUUUCAUUUGGAUUAGCUAAAGUAAACCAUUUAUUUUGGCUUCAUAUAAUGUAAUCUUGUGUAAUUGUAUUUGGUGGUUUUUGCCUAAUAUCGUCAAAGAGCCUGUAAUUAUGAAGACAUGAGUCGUUGCAUCAGUUCCAAGGAGGAGUUGGUUGCCAAGCAACUGGUGAGUGGAGCCAUGGUGACAAUGAACCAUGGCACCGCACAGUUUGUGCAAAAAAAUAAUACAUUUUGGAAAUUAAGAUGAUGCAAGCCUCCUGGUGCUUCUCGCCCUUCAAUUCUGCAAAAAGCCACUCCAGGUUACACCCAAUAAAUAUUUCACCAGCGGCUCCGAAAUUACUUUGUGAAUUUAUGAAACAGCCAUUUUAAAAACAGGAU